AUGUUUGGUUUCCCACGUUUUACCCAGCCCGACUACGGCUACUACACCCCCCGUGCCCCGCGCCAAGUCUACCGCGACCCUUAUCAGCGGGCCGCUUAUCGCCAUCCGUACGAGUACUUUGACGACGAAGACCAGUACGUGGCUGACCCCUGGGCCGUUCAACGCCAAAAGCAACAGCUUCGACGCCAGCAAGAGCUAGCCGCCCAACAAGAGCGUGAACGGCAGCUGCGUUUGAAACGACAGCAACAACAGCAGCGCCAGCAACAGGUCAAGGCUCGCCAUGCCCAACUACGUGCCUACAAUGAAGCAGCCACCAUCAUCCAGCGCGCCUGGCGUCGACACAGCGCCCAAGUCCAGGCUGAACGCGAAGCGCACGCCGCAGCCGUCGUUACCCGCUGCGUCCGACGAGUAGCCGCCGCCCUGCGCGCACGGCGUGUCCUCGACUCGCUGCGCCGUCUGGCUGAGGCACGCAAGCAACUCGAUGAGCUUGCCAGCGACUUUACCUCCACCAUGCGAGGCUAUCGUGCUCUUUUGAUGUUUACAGAUCAAGUGGAGAAGCUCAUCCUUCGCCUGGAUGCCAUCCCCCAUCACCGCAACGACUACGUACGAGCGCGUCGCAAGGCCAUCGUUCGUGAUGCGCAACAAGUUUUGCGCCUGGCCGACGUGGUGUUGCACACGUUCAACCGACAGGCUACCGUGGCCCAGCGCGCCUUCCGAGCUUGGCGCAUGCGCCACCAGGCCACGGCCCGCGACCAGGCUGCCCGCGUGGUGACGCGCUGCGUUCGCAAUGCCCCGGCCAUUCGCGAGGCCAAGGCUGUGCGCCGAGAUCUGGCCCAGAUGCAGGAGCAGCUCGCUGCACUCCGGAGCCUUGAGGCCGACUAUCAGCGCUCCUUGCAAGAGAUGGCCAAACUGACGCAGCGCCUCAGCAAUCAGCACCGCUCUGAGCUUGCUGCCGCCGUCGCACAGCAUGCCGCUACCACUCGAGCUCAGCGCACGAGCGCGCUGGCGCAGGCUUCUUGGCCGCAAUGGGCCGAUCCCAAUGCACCUACCAUUCUUACCAGCUGCCCCCGUGAUGAGGAUGCUGCCCAAGAUGAGCCGAUGCCAUCAACCACGCCAACGACUGCGUCACCAUCGACACAUGCACCAGCCACUUCUCAGCCCAGUCACAAGCGGGCUCGCCGGAACAAGAAGCGAGGUGGCAAGAAGCACUAA